AUGUCACUUUAUUCUUGGAACUUGUCAGCUACAUACCGUCCCAUUCCUUGUAAUACCCAUCCUCUUUGCAUGGGAGAUAACUGCAACACUGAUGGCCAAUGCACUUAUAAAGCAAACUAUGCGAGUGCAUCCGCUACAUUUGGUAUUGUAUCCGAAGAAAGAUUUACGCUAGGCUCCAAUACUAGUGGUCGUCUUGAAAGUAUUAAUUUACACAUGAAUUGUGGUUUUCUCCAAGAUAAUUUUGAAAACUUUUUCGGUAAAAAUCAUUUACAUGACGAACCUGAUCUUAUUGCAGGAAUACUUGGCUUAGGAGUAGGACAAUGGUCUUUUGUGAAUCAAUUAGGUGUUGUUGGAGAAGGAAAGUUUUCCUACUGCUUCGAGACAUUUAAUGAUAAUAUUGAGGGAUCAGAUACAUAUUUAAGGUUUGGUGCAGAUGCAAGAUUUGGAGGCAUAUUUCAAAAAGUACGUACAACUUCCAUGGUUGUGCCUCCUUUUCCAACGUAUCAAUAUUACUUAAAUCUAGAAGAUAUUAGUGUAGGCAACAAAAGAGUAGGCUUUCCCAUAGGUACUUUUAAGCUCACCUCUCAAAAAGAAGGCGGUGCCAUCAUAGAUUCUGGUACUCCAAUAUCCAUGAUAUAUAGAGAUCAUUUUAAUAGAGUUGCAGAUUUGGUGAAGGCACAUUUUAGAGAGCUUGGAAUUGAUUAUAUUGGUACCAAGAAUGGUUUUGAUUUGGAAAUCAAGUAUAUGGGUUCGCUUUGUGUGACAAGAUGCAAAAUGGUUGUGAUUGGUGGUCAGUUUGCUGGGAUAGUAGCUAAGUCUGAAGAUUCAGAUGGUGUUUGUGUGUUGAAAUUGGAAAUUACAACUGGACUGUGGAGUGAUGUUGGAGCUGGUGCAACUAUGCAGUGGUUGCAGUUGAGGUGA